CACGUUGCCCGCGGCACGAAGCGCACCCCCCCCCCCCCUCUCCGCUCCCAUUCUAUCCUGCAGGCGUCAUGUACGCCUCGCGAGCAGUCUGCCUGAGAUGCGCGUCGCGCAUGCGCCUGGCCGUGACGACUUCGGCAGCAGCAACGUCCUCCCCGCGGCUCUCCUCAUCGACUGCAGCCGAUGCCUCGCCAGACGCCAGCGGCGCCGUGGGCACGCCUCCAGGGGACAAUGGGCAGCCGCGGCAGCAGUUCCAGUCGCAAACAUCUUCCUCGACAUCCCACCAGCAGCACGCGCGCCACCGUCGGCCGCCGUCCCGCCAAAGGGGCGCCAGAGCCUCACAACAGUCCGCCGUAGCCCUCUUCAACGAUGUCGUCAACAAGGCACCGCAGCCCUCUGCCUCAGACUCGUCCACUCUUUCCACAGCUGUCGAGAAGCAGCAGCAGCAACAACAACAAGCAGCAAACAAGCCCGUCGCCGCCACCACCGCUCUCGGCGAGUGGGAAAUCGCCGCCAAGAUGAAGGAGCUCGCCGAGCGCAAGGCUCUCGACCCGCGCGACCGCCUGCGCAUCUUCAGCGCCGACAUCUGGCCGCACGUCCGCGAGCUGCGCGGCCACAUGCCCAGCCACCUGUACAUGGCGACGACGCAGUUGCUUGCGCGCGCCUGCGACGCCGCCGCCGAGGCCGGCGACACGGGCGGCGUCGGCCUCGAGCUCUCCUCCAUGUGCGCCACCAUCGGCAAGUGGGACCUCGACUUGCGCAACGAGCUCGUCCUGAGCCUGUGCCACUCCCUUAUCCACAGAAAGCACUCAUCCACCGAGCGCGCCGCCAUCACCGAAGAGCUCAUCGACCUGUGGAAGCACAUCUCGCAGCUGCGCCGCAGGAGCCAGGGGCACCACGCGCCGUUGCGGUUUGUCCUGCCCACGCCUACGGAAGCGUUUGGCCGUGAUGACCCAGGCCAGCAGAAGCAGCAGCAGCGGUCCAGCAACAUGAACCCGACGACCAAGGCCCUCUCCUGCAUCUUCAUCCAGUUCCGCAUCGAGCAGGGCGCCAUGCUGGUCCCGGGCCUGUUGGCCACGGUCGCCGUGCUCUCCGACCCGAGAUUCGCGCGACAGGGCAGCCAAGUCAAGGCGGCGCCGCUCUUGAACCUUGUGAUAAAGGCCUUUCAGCGGCAGGGCAACCCGGAUCAGGCCUACAUCGAGGAGGUGUUCCGCGACAAGAUUCGCUUCCCGGCGUCCAAGCUGGACGAGCUUGAGGCUUACACGCUCAACCAGUGGCCGUACGCCGAGGCCAUGCUGUCCAACACGGCUGCGCCCUGGAGACAGGCCCUUGAGGGCUCCAAGCGGGAAGGCGCCUCGUCUUCCGGCCUCGCCACAUUUCACAAACAACUGCGCGCCGCGUACCGCGCCCGCAACACAGGCGCCGUCGUCUCCAUCUGGCAGGACCUCACGGCGCGGCUGGCGGAACAGCCCGACCUGGCGCGGCGGAUGCGCGAGGAUCCCGAGUUCCUCGACUUCUGGGUCUUUGUGUGGUGCGCCGUGCGGCGGCCCGUCAAGCUGCAGGAGACGCUCGACCUGAUGCAGGAGAUUGGAGUGCGGCCCACGGUCAAGACGUACACGGCCAUGAUGCACGGGUGGAAGAUGUGCAAGGACGGCGAGAAGAUCGCCGCGCUGUGGGACAAGCUCGUCGAGUCGGGCAUGCGGCUCGACGCCGUCAUCUGGACCGAGCGUAUCUCGGGGCUCAUCGAGUCGGGGAGGCCGCAGGCCGGCGUACACGCGCUCGCCGAGAUGAUGGCCCUGUGGAAGCAGGCGCUCGCCAGGAAGGGCGGCGACGCCGUCGCGACUGCGGCCACGACCACGGUCGUCCAGCCCAGCAUCGAGGUGGUCAACGCCGCCUUCAAGGGCCUCAUCCGGCUCGACCUCAAGGCGGCCCACGAGGUGCUCGCGUGGGCGGGCCGCGAGGGCAUCGAGCCCAACGUCCGCACCUACAACAUCCUCCUGCGCGAGAGCUUCCGCGGCAACGCGGCGCCCGACGACGACGUACAGUCGCUCCUCCGCGCCAUGAAGCGCCAGGGCGUCGAGCCCGACGCCGCCACAUUCACCAUCAUCCUCGAGGAGGUUCUCGGCGCCAUGGACAACACGUCGGCCGCCGAGCAGGUCCUCGCCGUCCGCCAGGUACUCGACGACAUCGAGGCCGCCGGCCUGCGGCCCAACCUCGAGACGUACGGCAAGAUGCUCUACGCCGUCGCCUCGCUCACCCACGGCGGCGCCGACGACGCCAUCGCCGCCGUCCAGGAGCACAUGCGCGCCGCCGGCUUCUCGGCCACGCCGCACAUGGUCACCAUCCUCAUCGAGCGCGCCAUCGCCCGCAUAUCUUCAUCCUCCCCCUCGGUCUCUUCUUCUUCUUCGCCGUCGCCACCACCAUCAUCAUCAUCAUCAUCACCAUCAUCACCGUCCAGCGCCGCCGCCGCCGCCGCGCAAAUCCAGGCCAUCCUCCGCGAGCACAACCUCACCCACGUCGGACAGGGCGACCAGACGCUGUGGGAGCGCGUCAUGAGCGCCCACGCCGCCGCCGGCGACGUCCCCGCCGCCAUGCGCGUCUUCGGCGACCUCGCCCGCGCCGGCCGCCCCGUCAGCUCACUCCCCUGCCUGACGGACCUGCUCCGCGCGCUGCUCGACGCCGGGCGCGUCGACGACGCCCGCGACGUGGUCGGCGUCGUGCUCGCGCACAAGACCCGCCGCGCGGCUGCCGAGGGCCCCGGUGGGAACGGAAGCGGAAGCGUCAGCUCCAGCGGCAUGAGCAGCGCUGCCGCUGCUGCUGCUGCUGCUCCUUCAGCCGCUGACAACAGCCUCGCCAGAGACGGCCCUGGCCCCGUCGUCAGCAACAGCGAGUCCGCACGCGACGCGCGCUACUGGCGACACCACUUUUGGUACAUGGCGCGCGAGAACGGGCUGCUCAACUGGGACGAAGUGCCGCCCGAGUUGCAGGCGCAGCUGCGCGGGCAGGGGAGCGGCUGAGCACAUCCAUGUACCCAACUACAUCUCCCUACUUUCCCGGCCAGGGGGCCUGUUCACCAUAGACCUGUACGUACGUAGCAGUAGCAUGUAUCACAGAAGACAUGGUAAAGGGGGGUCAUAUAAGACUCGUCUGAUGCAAAAUUGUAAUCCAUCC